AUGAGUACCUGUGAUGAUCUGGGAAGUAGCGGCGCUAAAGUCCAAGGCGCGGAGAAUGAGGGAACCACGCAGAAGGGGAAGCACCCCGUGGAAGGGGGAAAUCAGGGGAAAGCCAAAUCAGGGGAAGUUAAUUCAGGGGAAGCCGAAUCAGGGCAAGUCAAACCAACCCACCUGGACGAACCGAAGGAGGAAGAAAAAGCGAAGCAUGAAGCAUCCACCCUGGACGACGGUGUAAACAUCAACAGAAUUAUAGAACGUCUAGCAAAAGAAGACCCACAAUCCUUGGCAAAAAUAUACAAUCUAAUGAAAAACAACAACUGCCUUAAUUUUUAUCCCCUGCUGACACCGUAUCAUAAUAUAGAAAAAAUUGUAGACAUACUGAUUGAAGAAAACUAUGAACACGAAAACACAUGGUGUGUUCACUGUGAUGCUUUAUUCAUCUGCCAGCUUCUGUAUGAGGGAUUCAUCCCCGUGGCGAGCAAACAGAAGGUUUGUAAAGUGGAAAACAAUCAAGCGAAAGUAGUGAAGGAAUGCCUGCUCAUCCCCAAAAUUCACUACGUCAGGUCUUGUAUGCACCCGAGUGAAAUACACAUAUCGAGAAAGGUGAAAAAAAAAUGUAGGAGUUAUUACAUCACCGUGGAUAAGGACUUCGAUGGAGUCCUCCAAGGAAUUGUCGAGAAACACGGGCAGAAUUGGCUUUACCCAUUUGUGCAAAAGGAAUUUAAAAAAAUUUUUGAAAAAGAAGUUACCUACAAGAAUGUACGUAUGCAUUCAGUCGAAUUAUGGUGUGAUGAUUUUUUAGCGGCAGGAGAGAUUGGAUGCACUGUGGGUUCCAUUUACACUAGCCUUACAGGGUUCCAGAGGAAGAAUUGUGCCGGCACCAUUCAGCUGUGUGCCCUGGCGAAGUUACUACAACAUCAGGAAUUUGAUCUUUGGGAUUUGGGUAUGCUUCUCCCUUACAAGAAAACCAUCGGGUCUAAGGAAAUCUCCAUGAAGGACUUUUUUAAGAUGCACCGCGUGUUCAAACAUAAGAGUGCACCCUUUCGCGUCCCUUUCCAGGAUAAACUCAACUGCGGCGUCCUCAUCAAUGGUGCAGCGGACGCUCGUUCUGAAGUGCAGUCAGAAGUGCACCCAGAAGUCAACUCAGAAGUGCACUCCGAGUAG